AUGACAACAACAGUACAAGACAUACAAGACUUUCUAAGAGAACUAGAAGGAUUAGAAAAAGAGAGUACAGGUGAACUUGCAGCAUCAACACCCAGCCACCUAGUAUACAACAAUGACAAAUCUCUAAAGACCAACAUCACUGCAAGUGGUCCAAACUCUAUCCCCGAUCUAAGAGUAUUUGAUAAUAAUGAUUUCUCUUUAUUUAACUUUCCAAUCUCUUCAAAUGUCACAAUACCAAAACAAAAUAAUCAACAAGAUAUUAAAAAAGAACUUUCUCAACAAUACAUCAAUGUAGAAUUGAUCAAAGACAACAAGUUUUACCAAAACAACUCAUGGCCUAGAACCAUUGAUUGUACAGGCAUGGCAUGGAAGGAUUUAUUGGGCAUCCAAGUGUCAGAACCAUCAUCAACCAUCGAGUUGCGAGUCGACAAUGUCAAUCACCGACUCUCAAUGACCGAGUAUCACGAGGUACCAUUAAAUCAACAAAUCACAUCAACCAAUUCAACUUCAUUAAUGCGUGCAUGGAACAAGCACAAUGGUACCGAUUUCCAUCGUGGUGAUGCUUCAAGCUUUCCAUUCCUUCCAGGUGGUCUUGAUGAUAUUCAAAAAAAGACAAACAACAAUAAUAUUGAAAAAGAAGAAAUUGAUAUUGAUUGGUUAUCAUUCUGGAAAGAUCCUUCUUCAUUAUUAAACAAACCUCCUGGUAUGAUUGAAGGUUUAAUAAUAAUUGAAGAAAAAGAAAAAGAAAAAGAAAAAAUAGAAGAAAAUUUAUUCUAUAAUCAAGAAAUGGAAGAAGAAGAAGAAGAAAUGGAGGAAGAAGAAAUUGAACAAGAAGAAGAAGAAGAAGAAAUGGAAGAAAUGGAAGAAAUGAAAGAAAUGAAAAAAGAAGAAAAUAUUUCCUCUACUCUCAACACUUUAUCCCCUUCAUCAAUUUCAAUUGAUUCAAUUAUAUCAAUAGAUUCUUCUACAUCAUCAUCUUUAUUAAAAUUCAAAAAGAAAGAAGAAGAGGAUCCACUUUCAAAUCAAAAGAUGUGGGCAUUCCAUGAAACAAAAGAAAUCUUUACACCAUUUGCAGAAUUAAUUACCAAUCCAGCGAUUGUAUAUCCAUUUGAAUUGGAUAGUUUCCAAAAACAAGCCAUUGUUCACAUGGAAAAGGGAGAGUCUGUAUUUAUCUCUGCCCAUACAUCUGCAGGCAAGACUGUGAUUGCCGAAUAUGCCAUUGCCAUGGCAGCCAAGAAUAUGACACGUGCCAUCUACACAUCACCCAUCAAAGCACUCAGCAACCAAAAGUUUAGAGACUUUAAAAAUACAUUUGGUGAUGUUGGAUUGAUCACUGGUGAUGUAUCUGUCAGUCCUGCAAGCUCUUGUUUGGUAUUGACCACUGAAAUUCUCAGAUCAAUGCUCUACAAGGGUGCAGAUCUCAUUCGUGAUAUCGAAUGGGUCAUCUUUGAUGAAGUUCAUUAUCUCAAUGAUUAUGAACGUGGUGUCGUUUGGGAAGAAGUUAUCAUCAUGUUGCCUGCUCAUGUCAAAAUUAUCCUCCUCUCUGCCACUGUAGCAAACCCAUUGGAAUUUGCAGAUUGGAUUGGUCGUACCAAAAAAAUGCCAAUCUAUGUUAUUGGUACAUUAAAAAGACCGGUACCACUCGAACAUUUUAUUCAUACACCAUCAAAUGAUUUAUUUAAAAUUGUUGAUAGUAAUAGAAAUUUCUUAAUGGAAGGUUAUAGUAAUGCAUACAAUUCUCUUUACAAAGUUGAUAAAAACAAUGAUAAAAACAAAAAAACUACUGGUCAACAUGGUAAUCAAGCAUCAUUUGCAUCAGUAUCAAAAACUGGAUGGACAAGAUUAAUUGGAUUAUUAAAAGAAAAACAACAAUUACCAGUCAUUGUAUUCUCAUUUUCUAAAAACAAAUGUCAAGAAUAUGCUCAAUCACUUGGUGGUCAUUUGGUUCUAACUUCAAAUAGUGAAAAGAAUAUUAUAAAGAUAUUUAUAGAAGAAUCAUUGGCAAGAUUAAGACCAGAAGAUAAAGAUCUUCCACAAAUUCAUCAAAUCAAAGAUUUCUUGGAACGUGGUAUUGGUAUUCAUCAUGGUGGUCUUUUACCAAUUGUAAAAGAACUCGUAGAAAUCCUAUUCAGUAAAUCAUUGGUCAAAGUAUUAUUUGCUACGGAAACAUUUGCCAUGGGUGUAAAUAUGCCAGCCAAGACUGUAGUUUAUAGUCAUACAAGAAAACAUGAUGGAAUCAAUUUCAGAGAUUUGCUGCCAGGAGAAUACACACAGAUGAGUGGUCGUGCAGGUCGUCGUGGUCUUGACAAGGUUGGUACAGUCAUUAUUACUGCUUGGAAAGACAUGCCAGACUCUUCAUCAUACAGUAGUAUGAUUCUUGGACAACCUAGCAAGUUAAAUUCACAAUUCCGUCUCACCUAUAAUAUGAUUCUCAAUCUUUUACGUGUUCAAGAUUUCAAGGUCGAAGAUAUGAUUAAAAGAUCAUUCUCUGAAUUUUCUACACAAAAGGAUAUUCCAGAGUUGCAAAAAGCAAUCGAAUCACUCUCUAUAGAAUAUCAAGCCAUCGAACCAAUUCAAUGUAUUCUUGGUGAACCAGAUAUUGAAAAUUAUUACAACAUGUUUAGCGAGGCUCAAGUCCUAAAUGAAAAUGUUCAACGUACCAUUUUAUCAUCAAAUAAUCAACAAUACUUUGGUGAUGGUCGUGUCAUUGUAUUGUCAAUUGGUGAUGAUAUGACAUUUAAAAAUUAUACCAUUGGUGUCAUUUUAUCUUGCAACAAUACUAUUCAAAAACAAUAUCUAAAUAGUACCAUUGAACGUACUUUUAAUAUUUUCUCUUUAGAAUUGGACCAAGAACAUGGAUUAAGAGGAUAUAAAAUAUAUUCAAGUAAUGGUCAUGAAAUUCAAAGAAUUUGUACUGAAAAGAUUGUAAAUAUCAAUACAAAAGCAAUCAAAGAUGGUGAUCAAGAUAGUAUUGGUAUUCUUCAACAACAAUUAUUACGUCUAUUGGAAAAGUAUCCUUUACCACUUGGUCCUCCUUCCAUUGAUCCAAUUUCAAAAUUAAAAUUAAGAUCAAUCGAAUUUGUCGAUCAAUUUGAUAAAUUACAAAAUAUUCAAAAAUUAAUUCCAACUUCAAAAUGUAAUAAUUGUCCUAAAUUAUCAAAUCAUUAUACUAUUACAAAACAUAAACAUGAUAUAAAAACAAAGAUGAAUGAAUAUAAACAUACAUCAUCAGAUGAAAAUCUUCAAUUAAUGCCAGAAUUCCAGAUUCGGUUAAAGAUAUUAGAAACACUUGGUUAUAUAGAUGGAGAGAAUAAUGUAAUGGUAAAAGGAAAGGUAUCAAGAGAAGUCAAUACUUGUGAAGAAUUGAUCAUUCCAGAACUCAUCUUUGAAAAUGCAUUCCUCAUGUUGGAACCAUCGGAAAUUGUUUCAGUCUUGUCAUGUCUAAUCUUUCAAGAAAAGGAUGCCAUUGAACCCUCUCUUACUCCAAGAUUAAUUCAAGCAAGAGAUAAUCUUAUUAAAAUCAAUGAAAAACUAUGUCAAUUGGAAAUUGAUCAUGGUCUACAAGUUACUUUGGAGGAAAAGGAAAAAAUACUUAAAUUUGGUCUCAUGGAAGUUACCUAUGAAUGGGCAAGAGGUAUGCCAUUUAAUGAUAUUUGUAAAUUAACAAAUGUAUUGGAAGGUACCAUUGUUAGAGCCAUAACAAGAAUUGGUGAAACUUGUCAAGAAGUUAGAAAUUGUGCUCGUAUCAUUGGUGAUACUAAACUUUAUCAAAAAAUGGAUGAAGCUAUUAGAUUAAUUAAAAGAGAUAUUGUUUUUGCUUCUUCUCUUUAUGUUGUCUAA